UUUUGAAUAGCCUCGUUCUAUGACGUCACUUCCCCCCACUCCAGUCGGUUCGGAGCUGUAAUGGGGUGAGGAUCUGAGGUGCAGCAGCAGCAACGUCCGUGGCGUGCAUGCUAAAGUCUGACUCAAGAUGCAGGGAGCCAUUGCACGGGUGUGCAUGGUGGUGGCCGCUGCCAUAUUGAACCGCCCCUUGCUAUUUCCCAAAGAAAACAUCACGCUGCCAGAGCAGGAUGAGGAGAUGAUGGCCCGCAUGAGACAACACGAGGAGAGGCUUAAGAAGGAGCAGGCCAAGCUGGAGAGAGAGUUCUCACAGAGGGACUCCAGGCAGGAGGAAACCAGCUCAGAGGAAGGUUAUCGGUGGUACUUUUGGAGCACCGUGUCCUUUGUGAUAUUCUUUGCAAUCGAGAUGUGCAGGGUGGACCUCGCUGACCCCAAAAUCUGUCCUGUUGAGGAUGACGAUGAGAGUGGAUCUGUCCCGCCCAGGAUGAUGGUACCAGAUAAGCAAAUUCUGAGGAACUUCUGCGACAAAUGCACCUACGCUUCAGGCCACGAAAACUGGAGGGUGAGGGAGUUUGUGGAGGGAUUUACCGAUGACUUGCUGGAGUCACUCAGGAGCAUGUGUGACAGAAACACAGACAUGGAAGUUGGGGAUUUUGUGGGAAUCGGAAGCAUGUUUGAGUCUUGGAAGGUGUGUACGCCUCUGAUGUGUGACCUUAUGGUUCCCUUUUCACCUCCAGAUCCUCACUCCUUCCAGUAUGAUCUGUGGUGCAGCUCCUCCAGGGACAUGCCUCCAGACAUGCAAGGUUGUGGCAAAAUAAGUGUGAGCAGACUUGGGGAGGAGGAAGUGGGCUGUCUCUGUGGCUCUGCAGACUUGGGAGAGGACAUGCUUUGUCUGUUGCACGGCAGGAAUGAUGCAGUCAAAGUUGCACUCGGUCCAGACGAGCUUCUGUGCUCUAAAGGAACGCAUUUCUUAGCCAAAGAUCAAGUCAUGAAGUGGUUCCAGGUCUCUGUUACCAAAGCGUGGGGCCGCAUAUCUCACAAGUACGACUUUGAGGUCACUUUUCGUAACCUGGAUUCUGCUGGUGCUCUGAAGAUCCGAUUCCGCUCUGGGAAAGUCGUCGUUCUAAACCUCAUCCCGGUGGUCCAGUUGGGAGACACCGAUGCUUAUUUUGUCUCGCAUUUUCCAUCGGAUCGCGACAGCUUACCAGACCCAUACUGGCCUCUCUCUUUAUCCGUCUACGAGAGAAACUUGAUGAAACAUUUAGCCAAACACCUCCCACAAACCUCGUGUCACCUACACUGCCUCCAGAUCGUUACUUUCCUACACAGGAAGCAAUCAAGACUGACGGGACAGAGUGCCCUCACGAGCUACCACCUAAAGACCGCCGUGGUGCACUUGUUGCUGAGCACAAGGACGGCUGCGUGGGGCACCGAGAGUUUGGAGCGCCGCCUUCAGGAUGUGUUCAGCUUCUUGCAGAGGAGCCUGCAGGAGAAAAAGCUUCAUCAUGCUCUGAUUGGGAACAGCAAAUUGCCAGAGGAAGUCCAGGUUCCUGAGAUAUUUCGCAAAGCAGAGCCUAUCAACCUGUUUAGGUCAUUGGUGCUGCAGACGGACCUUUACGCUGCAACUUUGAAGCAUUUUCAGGAGAUGCUGAGAAAUGCACCCGUUCUCCUGGAAGAGUACACGCCUUAUUCAUCGAAUGGAAGCUUACGCCACAGCCUACAGGAAGGUUUAUGAGUGCUGGCCACUCAUCGGUGUUCCGAUAAAACGAUGGCUUCUUCUGUUGGAUGUAUUGACUUUUGUAUAAGUUAACCAGGUUUUUUAAUCAUUUGCAUUAAUAUAAAUGAAGGAUUUCUUAAACAAUUGUUUUUAAAGAAUGUUUAUGUUUAUUACCCCUCUUACUUUAACUACUGGACCAAUAUGACCAUUUAACAAACAAUACACUUGAUUAUUUGUUCAGAUAUUUACAAAUUAGAUUGCACCUAAUAGUAGUUCAACUCUGUUUGGCUAUUAGAUCUCUAUACAGACCUGAGAGGUGAAACGUUUAUUUUUUAAUUCUUAUGAAGUGUGACGUCUUGACAAUCAAAAACUACUUUUUAAAAAGUUUUUUUGUGUUUCAUCCCCUUUAUUUUGAUUCAGAUGUUUUUUUAUUUUAAAAAGUUGCUUCUGUGUUUAGUUACGACGAUGUUCAGCGGAGAGAAAUUAAAAACCGAUCCAAGCUUAAACAGA